AUGAUUAUUCAUGAGGAUGUUUGGGUUUAUCUGGCAGUGUUUCUACUCCUCGUGUCUGCGCUUCUGGAUGAAAUGGCUCCUGCGGUUGGUGACGGAACGUGCGAGCUGCAGCGGAUUUGUUUACAAUGCAAAGCCGGAGCGCUCAGGACAUCACAAAUAGAAUACUCCCUGAAAUCAUCUAAAAGCAAGGUAUUGCGAGCAGCAUUAUCUGUGAAAGAGGCAGACUUGGAGGACCUAAUAGCUCAAAUAAUUCAAGAAAAGAGAAUCAAAGUGCAGAAAGAUCAUACGUUUAAGCUGAAUUUUCAGAAAUGUUUGUUACAAAUAAGUGGAUAUAGCGAACUGUUCGAGGCAGUUGAGGAAUUACGAAAAGAAGUGUACGACUCUGAAAAGGAGGAACAUGAGAAGAUGCUCCUGAAGUUGUGGGAGUUGUUGAUGCCUUCAGUAAGGCUGGAAUCGAGAAUCUCGAAACAGUGGUGCAGAAUUGGUUUCCAAGGUGAUGACCCGAAGACCGAUUUCAGAGGGAUGGGCAUGCUGGGCCUAACAAACCUUCUUUUUUUCAGUGAAAACUACACGGAUGCAGCCAGGAAGGUUCUAUCACAUUCCAAUCACCCCAAACUCGGGUACUCGUAUGCCAUAGUGGGCAUCAAUCUAACUGAGAUGGCAUACAGUUUAAUGAGCAGUGGAGCAUUGAAACCUCAUUUUUACAAUACAGUAUCUGGAAAACCCCAAAUGGAGCACUUUCAUGAGUUCUACUGUUACCUGGCUUACGAGUUUGACAAGUUCUGGUUGGAGGAGGAACCCGAGAGCAUCAUGGAGUUCAAUCGCUACAGGGAGAAAUUUCAUGACAAGGUCAAAGGCCAACUCCAGGCACAAGAGGUGACGCUGAGCUUUACUUUGGACGCACAAAAAUGACUGUUGCAUUCCAGCAUAACAUCAAGCACAGGAGUGGCUAUAUUUUCCAGCCAAUGAAAAAAUCAAAGAGAGAACAUUUGCAUUUCAAAGUUGUUUUCCGUUGACUUCUUGAUAGCUUUUAGUAAGGAAAAGUACAAUGUGUAUGUAAUGUUGAACACAAUAAUUCCACAACAGCAACCGUAUAAUGUGUACUGUACUGCUAAUAAUACUUUAGUGCAUUAACAGUAAUAUUUUAAACUCCAGUUAAUUGAUUGGAAACUCAAUUAACACUUAAAUGUAAAAAUAAUUUCUGUUUCUUUGUACAACACUUACCCAUCUCAGGAAGUUGAUGUUUCUGUUGAUGAUCAGUGAUGAUAUUAGAAUGUUUUUUUUCCUUGGCAAAUUGUCUUUUGUAUGCAGCGCGUACAAACUCUUUUGCAUGUUGCCUCCCCCCACACACACACAUAUGCACAUUUCUUAAUGUGGCUUAUGCUGGGAAAGAACAGUUGAGUAUUUAAUAUCUAAUCAGUUUUGUUAUCUGUUCUGUGAAUAUUGUUACCUCAAUUCAAUUCCAAAGUACAAGCAUUUGUAUGGACAAAUCUUUAUGUAACCUUGUGUUGUGUUAUUUAAAAAGGGUUUGGUUUUGAAAAUAUAACUUUGUAUUCUUAAUGACACAAUUAAUUUUAUAGUGUUUAUCAUAUCUGAUAAAAACAAAAUUAGACUAAAAACAUUUUUUUAUGUUCGUUUUUAAUAACAUGUAUGGAGGGAAAUUAAAUAAGAGUUUAACAAAAUCAAUUGCGUUCUAAUUUGAGAUUGAAUUGAAUUUAAAAGUACAAAUUUAUUUUAGUAAAACUUGAUACAUCUAAGUAAAAGGUGCUGAAUCUUGUAAAAAGGUUCAAAUGAAUAAAAGAGGCAUCCUUGCCAGGACUAUGUUUUAACUUGCCAGGUACAAAAAGAGAUUCAGUCUUACACACAUUUACAGUGGGUAAAAAAGUAUUGAAUACGUCACCACUUUCUCAUUAAAUAUAUUUCCCAAGGUGCAGUUGAAAUGAAAUUUUCGCAAGGUGUCGGUAACAAUCCAAAUAAUCAAUACAUAUAAAGAAAACAAAACAAGUAAGUUCACAAAUUAUGUUAUGUAUAAUAAAAUGGAAUGAGAAAGGGAAAAAGUAUUGAACACGUGGUGGUGCAAAAAGGGUGGGAAACUAAAGAAAUCUAUCAGUAUUUAGAAACCAAUUCUGGUCCUUGUCAAUGGAAAUUAACACCAGAUGGUCCAGCCCCAACUGAUGGCAUAUAAAAGGGUGUCUCAAUACCAAGGUGUCUUCUCAUAAUGAGUAACGGCAAAGAGUUUUCUCAACACCUUGUUUCUCAAAACAAACUGAUGGCAUUGGUUAAAGAAGGAUGUCUAAACUUCUGAACGUUCUAGUGAGCAAUGUUUGGGCCAUAAUCUGGAAGUGGAAAGAACAUCAUUUUCAAGGUUCAUAGAAGAGGCCUAUGGAACCUUCAAGAUUUUAAGAAUGUCUGUGUGGAAGAAUGGGCCAAAAUCACACCUGACCAUACAGGAAGCGUCUUGAAGCUGUAAUAUUAAAUUUAAUUUGAAAAUAAAUUUCAGUAAGCGUGUUCAAUACUAUUCCCCUGUGUCAUUCUAUUUUAUUAUAUAAAACAUAUUUUUCUUUGCAUGUAUGGAUUACUUGGGACCUUAACGACAUCUGGGGAAAAUGUCAUGUCUACAGCACCUUGACAAAAUCUAUUUACUGACACAAAUGGUGACGUGUUGUUCAAUAUUUAUUUUACCCGCUGUAUAUACUUGGGCAAGGAGAACAAACCAUCUCAUUUAAGAUCUCAUUUAGACAGCACAUAAUAGUCCCAAAAUAAUAUCGCAAAUUUGCAAGAGCUGUCAAUAUGAAAGCAAGCAUUUCAUAAUGUUUAGAUUUUAUAGAGAAAAAUAAAAUCUCAAUGUUGUACACACACAACAUUUUAACAUUCCAUAUUCACAAUAAAGUUGACUAAACUUGUUUUACAUGUGUAUGCGGUUCUGGUUUCCAGAAUUGAGACGGUCUCACUUCCUAGGUCAUAGUCAUGUCAGGGAAUAACAAAUAAAUGGUGCAGUAAACAGCUCUGUAGAACGGAUUAAUAAAAAAAAAGAGGAAACAUAAAUA